AUGGAGCCACAGCCACAAGUUGAUGAUGAUCAUUUCGAGGGUUUUAGGCAGUCUUUCGAUGAAAUUCACACCGAAGUUGACAAGCUUGAGAAGCAAGUGAUUGAGGUUGAACGGCACUAUGAAUCUGCUGGUAAUGUUCAGGGAAGUCAUUCUAAAGGUGGUUCAGUAGUAAAAGAGAAAGGCCGGGAGAAAACUCUUGUUGGCACUAAAAAGCUGUUGCAAGAUGCACCGCGUACGGAAACCGCUGCUGCAAAGAGGAUGCAGGAGCUAAUGCGCCAGUUUUCCACAAUAUUACGUCAGAUCACUCAGCACAAGUGGGCUUGGCCCUUUCUGGAACCUGUAGAUGUAAAAGGUCUCGGGCUUCACGACUAUUACGAGAUUAUUGAUAAGCCCAUGGAUUUUGGUACGAUAAAAAAUAAAAUGGAAGCUAAGGAUGACACUGGGUAUAAGAAUGUGCGGGAAAUAUAUGCAGAUGUAAGGUUGAUAUUUAAGAAUGCAAUGAAAUACAACGAUGAAAAAAAUGAUGUCCAUGUUAUGGCAAAGACCUUGCUGGAAAAAUUUGAAGAAAAAUGGCUGCAACUGUUACCUAAAGUGGCCGAAGAGGAAAAGAGAGAAAUAGAGGAAGAAGCACAUGCACAACUAGACAUUCAACAUGCUCAGGAGAUGACCUAUGCCAAAAUAGCUAAGGAUUUAGCCAGUGAGCUUGAUGAGGUUGAUCUACGUUUGACGAAACUCAAAGAAAUGGUCAUUCAGAAUUGCAGAAAACUGUCUACUGGAGAGAGGAAAAAUCUUGUGAGUGCUCUCGCCAAAUUGUCUCCAGAAAACCUCCAAAGGGCAUUGGGUAUAGUUGCUGAGAACAACCCAAGCUUCGAAUGUACUCAGGUUGAGGUGGUUCUUGACUUGGAUGCCCAGAGUGACUACACACUGUGGAGGUUACAUCAUUUUGUGAAAGGUGCUCUAGAAGACCAACCAAAGAUUUGUGGGGGCACAGCUAUUAAUAUUGAUACUGAUGAGAAGAAAGCAAAUUCUAGAAGAAAGCGAGAAUUUUGUGAUGCUCUUGUCAAUAACCUAACAAAGACUAGAAAAUUAUCAAAUGCAUGA